UAAGAUCAGAUACCUAAGCCGUCUCUUUCUCUUUCUUUCUCUUUCCCUUUCCCUUUCUCUUUCUCAUCUCGAUUUCUCUCUCCCAACACAAUUGAAAUAAAAUAAAAUAAAAACUUUCUUUAGACGUUUCAAGUGCUAACUAGAAUAACGCCAUUAUACUCGCAGAUUGUUUCUUCUUAUUAUUAUAAAAACAAACCUACCUUUAAGCUUCCUUCUGCUUCUUCCUUCUUCCUUCUUCCUUCUUCUUCGUGUUCGAGGACACUAAACGACUGCGUUUUCUUCGGAAACGUAUUCUGUUCUUUUUGUUGUUGUUGUUGUUGGGCCCAACAACAUCAACAGCAGCCAGCCAGAGAUGAAGGAUCGUAGAAGACGCGAAACCGUUUCAUGGAAUAGAUUCUUCUGGUGCACUCUUCUCCUCGUUUUAUCUUGCGUCCUCUUUACUGCCUCCACUUUUCGAGAGAAAUUUCAACCAGAAAUCGUCUCCGCAUGGCGGCAGCCGGCGAUGGAAGCCACUACCACUAUUAUGUCUACUAACUCUCCAGCGAAACCCUCGAUUUCGAUUCGAGAAACCGUUAUGUUACCGGACCAGGUUCUUAUAUUCGUAAAUUACCCUCAGUCAUCUCGCCUAUUUACAAAAGAGGACUUUAGUUGCGUUUAUUUCUCGCGCAACUCAACAUCAUUAUCGGAGACACAGCUUAAGAAGCCGCCUAAUCAAAUAGACGGUACCGAUGUUAACAAUCAGAUCGUACGGUGUCCAUUGAAUCCGCGUGGCUUUUCGGUUUCACUUGAGUUAAAAUCAGGUGGUGGUUAUAUCAACCCAGGGCCCACUCACAGAUGGGACUCUCUUGUUUAUGAAGCUAUGAUUGACCGGGACAAUACGACCGUCGUUUUUGUCAAGGGGUUUAAUCUACGGGCAGAUAGGAUUUAUAACGCUUCAAAAUUCGAGUGCGUGUACGGCUGGGAUUUUAGGAAAACAAAGUUUGUAUUAAGAUCAAAUGUUAUAUCCAUAGCACAAGAGAUCGUACGGUGCCAAACCCCUUUGAGCAUAUUGAACAACCAACUAAAGGUGAAUAAUGCGAUCAAGGUGUCUAUUAGACUAAAAGGCAAAGGAACUUUACACUCUAUAGCCCGGCCCGGGGUCCAAUUAUUAACGGAUCCUGAACCUGGACUGCGAGGCGAAAAGCCUCACGAAAUGUGCAUAUGCACUAUGUUGCGCAAUCAAGGUAGGUUUCUGAAAGAAUGGGUCAUGUAUCACUCCCAAAUUGGAGUCGAACGGUGGUUUAUUUAUGAUAAUAACAGUGAGGACGAUAUUGAUAGUGUUAUUGAGUCUCUAAUUGAUGCCAAAUUUAACAUUUCAAGACAUGUGUGGCCGUGGGUCAAGGCCCAAGAGGCUGGGUUUGCUCACUGCGCAUUAAGGGCUCGUGGUUUAUGUGAAUGGGUUGGGUUUAUAGAUGUAGAUGAAUUCUUUCACUUGCCAACUGGGUUGAAUUUGCAAGACGCAGUCAAGAAUCAAUCCAACUCUGGCAACAAUGUAGCAGAGUUACGGGUAUCUUGCCAUAGUUUUGGACCAUCCGGUUUGAAACACGUGCCAGCACAAGGGGUUACUGUAGGAUACACGUGUCGAAUGAUGUUGCCGGAGAGACACAAGAGUAUUGUAAAACCUGAAGCAUUGAAUUCAACAUUGAUCAAUGUGGUGCACCAUUUUCAUUUAAGGGAUGGUUUUAGAUACGUGAAUGCAGAUAAAGGGAUUUUAGUUAUAAAUCACUAUAAGUAUCAAGUUUGGGAAGUGUUCAAGGAGAAGUUUUAUAGGAGGGUAGCAACGUACGUGGUUGAUUGGCAGAAUGAGCAAAAUGUUGGGUCCAAGGAUCGAGCCCCGGGCUUGGGCACUAGAGCGGUGGAGCCACCAGAUUGGUCUAGUAGGUUUUGUGAAGUAAGUGACACUGGGCUGAGAGACCGGAUUUUGCAAAAUUUCCUGGACCCAUUAACCGAUCUCUUACCGUGGCAAAUUUGAGGUUUUCUUUUUUGGGUUUAAUUAUGGUGAUGUAAGUAGAUGCACAUAUGCUCAAUAAUACAGAGAAAAGAUAAUUAGGGGUGAGAGGGGCGUUGUAUAUCAUUACCAUAGUACAGUUCACAAAUUAUGGUCGCAGAGUCCCAGUCAAUGUGUUUGUUGGGAUCAGUAAGGCGUAAAUUCUUAAACAUUUAGUUAGUAAAAAAUUGUUGGUAGGAAUCUGUGAGUGCAACAGUUUGAAGUUGAAUUUUUCAAUAUUAAUUUCAAAAGAUAUAGGACUCUGAAAGUCCAUUAUUUUUAA